AUGAACCCCUACGUACUUGCCAUCCUGCUUUCAAGCCUAGGAAUUGGAACUACCCUAACAUUUGCAAGCUCCCACUGACUUUUAGCAUGAAUGGGCCUAGAAAUCAGUACGCUAGCCAUCAUCCCCUUAAUAGCACAACAACACCACCCUCGAGCAGUCGAAGCCACAACUAAAUAUUUUCUUACCCAAGCAACAGCCGCAGCUAUAAUUUUAUUUGCCAGUACCACCAACGCUUGAACAACAGGAGAAUGGAAUAUCCAAGAGAUAUCCAAUCCCACAGCCUUAGUCCUAAUUACCAUAGCCCUGGCCCUAAAAAUUGGACUCGCCCCCGUCCACUACUGACUCCCAGAAGUACUGCAAGGUCUCGACCUCACCACAGGUCUCAUCCUUUCAACCUGACAAAAACUAGCUCCAUUUGCCCUAAUUUAUCAAAUCAGCCCAAUAAUAAACCCAACUCUAGUAAUUAUGCUGGGCCUAGCCUCCACCAUCAUUGGCGGAUGAGGCGGCCUAAACCAGACACAGCUACGAAAAAUCCUAGCAUACUCAUCAAUCGCUCACCUGGGCUGAAUAAUGAUUGUUAUACAAUAUUCCCCAAACCUUGCCAUCCUAAACCUAAUCCUAUACAUUACUAUAACCACUGCGACCUUCCUAACAUUCAAAAAUGUAGCCUCUACAAAACUAAGUACACUGACUCUCACUUGAUCAAAAACCCCCAUAAUAACCACAAUAGCAAUAAUAACACUACUUUCCCUAGGGGGCCUCCCCCCACUAACAGGGUUUAUACCCAAAUGGCUUAUCCUCCAAGAACUAACCAAACAAGACCUUCCCCUCACAGCAUCAAUCAUAGCCUUAGCCGCCCUACUCAGCCUAUUCUUCUACUUACGAAUAUGUUAUGCAAUAACCCUAACAAUUGCCCCCAACACCAACAACAACACCUCAACAUGACGACAAAAAUCAUCCCAAACCACUAUAACCCUAUCAAUCACCACCACAUUAGCACUGGCCCUACUACCCAUCACACCAGCAAUUAUAGCCCUAACAACAU